CGGCGAGCAUAUGGCCGGUUGGAUUGUAGCAUAUUAUAAAUAUAACUCGAGCGCUAUUUGCAGCGUUAAACAGAAGCCAGCCGCUAAGACCGCUAGUCGCUAGUCUAGAUCCGCUUUAAAAUAAAAACUAGUUAUUUAGUGAACGCAACUAGCCGCAGGUCCAGCCACAACAAAAACAACGCCGCGACUAAGAGGAAGAGAAGUGCGUGAGAGAAACGACAGCUGCUCUGCGUGUGUGUUGGUGCAGGAUAACAAUACAAAACAUACAAAAACAACAACGACAACAAGAGCGAGCAGUGUCAAAGUGCCAAAAGAAUUUGCCAAAUAAAAAGAAAAAUUAGUAAACCGAACGGACAACCGCUUCAAAUUUCAACCAGAGUUCAAUGCAAAGACAUGUGCAUAAAUGAAGAGCUACAGCCAAUUUAAUUUAAACGCCGCCGCCCCGCCCGCCAUUGCAUACGACAAUUCAGUUGUAAAUCCAAACGGUUCGCCUUUAGAUCAGCAACAACAACAACAGCAACAACAACAAGCGCAGCAGCAGCAGCGCCAGGACAUGCCGCACUUUGGACUGCCCGGGGGCCCUCAGCCGCCGUCGACGCAGCAACAACAACAACAACAACUGCAAGUGCACCACCAACAGCAGCAACAACAACAACAGCAGCAGCAACAUCAACAACAAAUGCAAAUGUCCUUGCUGCCGGGUCCUUAUCGGCCUCACAUCGAGGAAAAGAAGCUCACGCGGGACGCCAUGGAGAAAUACAUGCGCGAGCGCAACGACAUGGUCAUUGUGAUCCUGCAUGCCAAGGUGGCCCAGAAGUCCUACGGCAAUGAGAAGCGUUUCUUCUGCCCGCCGCCGUGCAUCUAUCUUUUCGGAAGUGGUUGGCGUCGGCGGUACGAGGAGAUGUUGCAACAGGGCGAGGGAGAGCAAGGAGCACAGCUCUGCGCCUUCAUUGGAAUCGGAAGCAGUGACCAGGACAUGCAGCAGUUGGAUCUCAAUGGCAAACAGUACUGUGCGGCCAAGACGCUCUUCAUCUCAGAUUCGGAUAAGCGAAAACACUUCAUGCUGUCGGUGAAGAUGUUCUACGGCAAUGGCCACGACAUUGGCGUUUUCAACUCGAAAAGGAUCAAGGUGAUAUCCAAGCCGUCCAAAAAGAAGCAGUCCCUGAAGAAUGCCGACCUGUGCAUAGCGAGCGGCACCAAUGUUGCCCUCUUCAAUCGCCUGCGUUCCCAAACCGUGUCCACCCGUUAUCUGCAUGUGGAGAACGGUCACUUCCAUGCCUCGUCGACGCAAUGGGGUGCCUUCACGAUACACCUGCUGGAUGACAACGAGUCCGAGUCGGAGGAGUUCCAAGUGCGCGAUGGUUACAUUCAUUACGGAGCCACGGUGAAGUUAGUGUGCUCCGUUACGGGCAUGGCCCUGCCACGUCUGAUUAUUCGGAAGGUGGACAAGCAGAUGGCCUUGCUGGAGGCCGAUGAUCCCGUCUCGCAGCUGCACAAGUGCGCCUUCUACAUGAAGGACACGGAUCGGAUGUACCUAUGCCUGUCGCAGGAAAAGAUCAUUCAGUUUCAGGCCACUCCCUGUCCCAAGGAGCCCAACAAGGAGAUGAUCAAUGACGGCGCUUGCUGGACCAUCAUCUCCACCGACAAGGCAGAGUACCAGUUCUACGAAGGCAUGGGACCUGUGGCUUCCCCAGUCACUCCAGUGCCAAUUGUGAAUUCACUGAAUCUCAAUGGUGGCGGUGAUGUGGCCAUGCUGGAGCUCAGUGGCGACAACUUUACGCCGCAUCUGCAGGUGUGGUUCGGCGAUGUGGAGGCAGAGACCAUGUAUCGCUGCACGGAAACGUUGCUGUGUGUGGUGCCAGAGAUUUCCCAGUUCCGCGGCGAAUGGCUUUGGGUUCGACAACCCACACAAGUACCCAUUUCGCUGGUUCGCAACGAUGGCAUUAUCUAUGCCACUGGUCUGACUUUCACAUACACACCUGAGCCGGGACCUCGUCCGCAUUGCAACACCCAGGCCGAGGAUGUUAUGCGGACGCGACAGAACAAUAAUAAUAACAACAUCACUAGCAUUAGCAACAACAAUAACAGCAACAAUGCGGGAUCACCGGCCGGCGGGAGUAUGCAACAACCACAGCAGCAUCAGGCGCUGCCCUCCAUCUCAGAAGUGCAAUGGAAUAGUCAUGGUAGCGGCUUGUCCUGAGUGCAGGAUUAUUGCAUCGCACAUUUAUGUAUCUUAAGUUAUUUAUAGUUUUUAUUGGAGACCUUAGUUUGUAGAUUGACGAUUUUUCUCAUACUUAUUUUCCACCUCUCAUGACGUGAAACAAACUGUGUCCCCUCCUCUCUAAAGUGAAUCAUCCUAUAUACAUGUUUCUAGUGCUAGUUCGGAACCAAUAGAUUUGUAAAUGCCUCAUACAACUUUGUACAUAAUUCGAAAAAGCUCACUGACAUAUAUAUAUUUGUAUGUGCAUGAAUAUACAUCUACACAGAACAUAUAAUUCUAGUUAAAUAUACAAUUGAUGUAAGUUUAUAGAAGAUUUUUAGCUGCGGUUAAAAUAUUUAUGAUUUUAUUUGCUAUGAAUUUCUAAGGGCUGUCAAAGGUCAAAAAAAGUACUGCGAAAUGUACCAGAAAACCUAUGCUCGCCUUGAAAAAUGCCAGCAAGUAGCCAUGCUACAUAAAAACAUUCCAUUUCACCCUCAAACUUUCCAUGAAGUCAAAGACAAAGUCAAAAGGGAAACUUUUUUCUGUACAUAGAAUUUUGUUGCAUUUUUUAAUUCCAACUCUUUGGAAAUUCAUAGCACAGAAAGUCCAAUCAAAUAUUUUGUAAAAUAUAAUCGCAAAAAGACAAAGCAGCGAUUUAUUAACGUCUAAGCGACAAGUCCAACAUUAAUAAAAGAAAGAAGGAAAUCCGAAA